CCCCCAGCAGAAUUUUCUCUCACUUUCCCUCAUUUUCUUUUCUCAUAUACUACCCAUUACCCACCAAGAAAAUUGAAAGAAAAAAAUAAUAAUAAUCAAUGAUCAUGAUGAUGAAACCACCUCUGCACCCUGCACUCCCAAAAAGCAUCGUCUUCUUCAAUCAAAACCUUUCUUCCCUUAAAUUUACCUCUGUAAACAUCAACCUCUUCCCACACAAAUUCCCCACUUCUCCAUAACCAUGAAACCUUCCUUUCUUCUUAUUUUUCUUUCGUUUGCCUUCUACUUUCUUGGCAAAUCUGCAGUUGUCUUCUCCGCCGAAGCUACAGCUCAUCCUCUCCCUCUUACUGCUCUUCUUUCUUUAAAAUCCUCUCUCAUUGAUCCUCUGAAGUCGUUCAAGGAUUGGGACCCUACUCCAAGCUUCUCAAAACCCGGUUUGGAAAACCCAGUUUGGUGUUCUUGGUCUGGUGUCCAGUGUAAUCCCAGAACGGCUGUGAUCAUCACGCUUGAUCUAUCUCACCGGAAUCUCUCUGGUACUAUUCCAAGUGAAAUUAGGUAUUUGUCCGGUUUGGUUCAAUUGAAUUUGAGUGGGAAUUCCUUUGAUGGGUCUUUUCCGUCGGCCAUUUUUGAAUUGCCUCAGCUUCAGGUUCUCGACAUCAGCCACAACAACUUUAAUUCGACUUUCCCAGUGGGGAUUUCCAAGCUUAAGUUUUUGAAAAUCUUCAAUGCCUACAGUAACAGCUUCACAGGGGAAUUGCCUCCGGAAUUUGUGUAUUUACCGUUCUUGGAGCAGCUUAAUCUUGGAGGAAGUUACUUUGAAGGUGAAAUUCCAGCACGGUAUGGAAGCAUCCCCAGGUUGAAGUUCAUCAAUUUGGCCGGAAAUUCUCUGGAAGGUAUUUUACCGUAUCAGUUGGGAUUCUUGGGCCAGCUAGAGCGAAUGGAGAUUGGCUACAAUGGGUUCUUCGGCAGAGUUCCGGUUGAAUUCUCAGCCUUAUCAAAUCUUAAGUACUUAGACAUCUCCACCUGCAAUCUCUCAGGCCCUCUGCCUCAAGAACUGGGAAAUUUAACCAAUCUUGAGAGCUUGUACCUCUUCAAGAAUAGGUUCACAGGCGACAUUCCGGUGAGCUACAGAAACCUUAAAGCUCUAAGGAUACUUGAUUUGUCAGAUAAUCAGCUGUCCGGCCAAAUUCCAGAAGGAAUUUCUUCUUUAUCUGAGCUAACCUGGUUAAGCUUGAUUGGGAACAAUCUUACUGGUACAAUACCGGAGGGUAUAGGUGAGCUUCCAAACCUCAGCACUUUGGUUCUCUGGAGCAACAACCUGACCGGCAUUCUUCCCCAGAAGCUGGGUUCAAAUGGGAAGUUGCUCACCGUCGAUGUCUCGUCAAACUCGCUCACUGGUCCAAUCCCUCCAAAUAUCUGUGCCGGAAACAUGCUGUUCAAGCUGAUCCUCUUCAACAAUUUGUUCACGAAUGAGCUUCCGAGGAGUCUUGUGAACUGCACGUCCCUUUCAAGGUUUAGAAUACAGAACAAUCUCCUCAACGGAACCAUUCCGACUGGGUUCGAGAGACUGCCGAACCUUACCUUCGUUGACUUGAGCAGGAACAAUUUCAGUGGCGAGAUUCCUUUGGAUCUGGGCAAUGCACCGAGGCUGCAAUACCUUAACAUUUCCGAGAAUUCAGUCGAAGGUCCAUUGCCGGAAAAUAUAUGGAGCGCGCCAAGCCUGCAAAUUUUUUCUGCUGGUUCAAACAAACUCAUGGGGAAAAUUCCAGAUUUUGUCGAUUGCCGGACCGUUUACAGAAUUGAAUUGCAGGAUAACAAGCUCAACGGCAGCAUCCCGGGAGACAUCAACCACUGCGAAAAGCUCCUCUGUUUGAAUCUAAGCCGGAAUUCGCUUAUCGGAACAAUCCCGAUGGAAAUCUCUACGCUUCCUUCUAUUUCUGACGUAGAUCUUUCCCAUAAUAUGUUGACCGGCACCAUUCCGUCUGACUUCCAGAACUGUACGACGCUUGAAAGCUUCAACGUGUCCUACAAUUUCCUCACCGGACCGAUACCGGCAGACGGUAGCAUUUUUCCAAACUUGCAUCCGUCCUCAUUUUCAGGAAACGACGGACUCUGUGGUGGACUUCUAGCCAAACCAUGUCCGGCAGACACGCAGGCCGCUGGCAACGAGGAGAUGCGAAAGCAGCAGCCUAAAAAAACUGCUGGCGCUAUCAUCUGGAUCAUGGCGGCGGCAUUUGGCAUUGGCCUGUUUGCUCUUGUGGCGGGAACAAGGUGUUUCCACGCCAACUACAACCGCAGAUUCAACGUCGACAGGGAAAUCGGGCCGUGGAAAUUGACGGCGUUCCAGCGGUUGAAUUUCACGGCGGAGAAUGUACUAGAGUGUUUGUCAACGACGGAUAAGAUCAUAGGGAUGGGGUCCACAGGAACCGUAUACAAAGCUGAAAUGACAGGUGGCGAGAUCAUAGCCGUGAAGAAACUGUGGGGCAAGCACAAGGAGAACAUCAGACGGCGGAGAGGAGUCCUAGCCGAGGUGGACGUGCUCGGAAACGUGCGCCACCGUAACAUCGUGAGACUGUUAGGUUGCUGCAGCAACAGUGACUGCACCAUGCUGCUCUACGAAUACAUGCCCAACGGAAACCUCGACGAUCUGUUACACGGUAAAAACAAAGGCGAGAACCUGGCGGCGGAUUGGGUGACCCGAUACAAGAUCGCACUCGGGGUGGCGCAGGGGAUCUGCUACCUCCACCACGACUGUGAUCCGGUGAUCGUCCACCGCGAUCUCAAGCCGAGUAACAUUCUCUUGGACGGCCAGAUGGAGGCCAGGGUGGCGGAUUUCGGGGUGGCAAAGCUAAUUCAGAGCCACGAGUCCAUGUCGGUGAUUGCCGGAUCAUACGGUUACAUUGCACCAGAAUACGCUUAUACACUACAAGUUGAUGAAAAGAGCGAUAUAUACAGCUACGGCGUGGUGUUAAUGGAGAUAAUCAGCGGGAAGAGGUCGGUGGAUUCGGAGUUCGGGGAGGGGAAUAGCAUCGUGGAUUGGGUGAGGUCGAAGAUUAAGAGGAAAGACGGGAUACUUGAGGUUCUGGACAAGAAUGCCGGAGCGUCGUGUGCGUCGGUGAGGGAAGAGAUGAUGCAGAUGCUGAGAAUUGCACUGUUGUGUACCAGUCGGAACCCGGCGGACAGGCCGUCGAUGAGGGAUGUGGUGUUGAUGCUGCAAGAAGCAAAGCCGAAGAGAAAAUUGCCGGAUAUCAGUAUACUUAGUUGCGGUGGGGGAGGAGGGAAUGUGGUUGGGGUUGGCGGUGACAGCAGCGAGGAUCCAAUAGGGCAAAAGGCUAAGGUGGAAUGUUGAUAUGAUUUUCAUUUUUAUCUUACAGGGAUCUCUCUUUUUUUUUUUUCCCUUUUUUUUUCCUUUUUUGAAAUGGUGGGGAUUGGUAUAGGAGAACUUAUUUUCUUUUCUUUUCUUUUUCUUUUUUCAUUAAUGGAAUGAAUUUUCAAGCGUUCUUUGUUCUAGUUUCUCUACUUUAUAUUUGAAUCGUGCAAUUGCUAGCCUAUU